ACACCGAGAGUGAGAAAAAAAGUCAACAAUCAAAAAAGUUUAAUAUUAGAACGAAAUGAAAAUAUUAAUAGAAUCGAUUGUGUUUGUUUUUAAUUGUCUUCGAUUUGAGUCUAUCACCACCAAGAGAUAAUAAAUAGGAAGUUGUACCGCCGGUGGGCUUUGGAAGAUAAAUGAGGAUGAGAAAAUUCAAGUUCUAAUUGGGAACCCGCGAAACUAGAGGCCGCUUCGAAUAGAACUUGUUUUUUUUUCUUUUCUUUUUUUUUCCAGUGAAAACUAAACUUCUUUUUUUUUGGUUCAACUUUCCAUUUUCAUAAUUACCCAACACACUAACUAAUUGUUGUUGUUGUUAAUUCAGUGUAAUCAAAGUGUUUUAAUCGUGAUUUAAUUGUGAAAUCAAUUGCGCUCAUCAAUUGAUGAAAAAAGGUUAAGUUUAACGAUCGCUAAAUUAUCUCACUUUUUUGUCAACGAUUCUAAUCACUUUCUGAUCAACUGUGACCACUUUUUUCAAUCAGAGUGGAAAAGUUGUCAUCAUCUUUAUCUUCAUCUUCUUCAUCAUCAUCUCUAUCAUCAUCUUGUUGUGUUCUCCCUCCCGUUUCUUUUUGUCUACUUCUAAAUGUGACCUCAAUUUUAAAUCGCUGAUCGUCUUAUGUGUUUUCCAACUUUUUUUUUCUGACGAAAGUAAAUUGAGGUCAGAAAGCGAAGUUGAUCUUUAAGGAUGUUUUAAAUAUUCUUUUUAUCUUCUUCUUCUUUCUCUUUCUUUCUUUCAUCAUCUUGAUCAUCUUUUCCAUCGUUCAUUUAAUGUUUACCUUGGAAUGUUGAUAUUCUUGUUUCUCUUUCUUUGUUAUUUACCAUUUUCCAUUUUUCCUCUGGUGGUUUUCGCUUCGUUUCCAGGGGAGAACCAUGAGACUCGUGAGAGUGGGCUGGUUGUUGUUGUCACCGAACCACCAGAUACCUUUGAGGCUCCAUUAACACCCACCGUUGUCACUGGUUUGGUUGGUGGUUUAUCGUUUUCUUCGGGAUUUAUUGAUGAUAAAGAUGAACAAGAAAAACCUUACACGGGACCGAACUGUUCUCAUCUCGAUCAAUGUUUACCAAUCGCUUUGAGAGGACGAAAAGUUGACUCUGAACGGGAACGGAAUUGUGCCUGUGAUCGUCAAUGUAGUGAAUAUGGUGAUUGUUGCCUCGAUUCCCCUUGGAUCAAUGGUUCGGUUACACCAUCGAAUCGGCCAUUUAAAUGUGUCGAUAUUUCGUUUCUGGGUGGUUUUUAUAUGGUCACUAAAUGUCCAUCUACUUUACAGAAUGAUGAUCUUCGUGAGAAAUGUGAACGCGGCUCCAUCGAAUCAGAUCCAUUAGCUUCACUUCCCGUUACCGAUUCAAUUGGACGAUUAACUUAUCGAAACAUUUUCUGUGCUAUGUGUCACUCUGAUGCUCGAGAUAAAAUUUUCUGGAAUCUAAAUUUACUCUGUACCGAUCAACCAGGAUCUCAAAAGAAUAUCAAAUUGUCGGAAAAUGAGAUUCGAUCAAAUUUGGCCUUUAAUGUUGAACAAAAUUCUUGGAUGGUUAAUUUAACUCUACCCGAUCAGUCUCGAGUAAUUAAAACAUGUACACUUAAUCCAGUUUUUCCUGCCUCGGUGGAAUCAUCAAUUCGUACUUGUCGCUCAGGUCUAAUUGAAUCGUGUCCCGUGAAUUGGGAUAAUCAACUGAUCGCCAAUGAAUGUUCAACUUAUCAGGCCUCACGAUUUACUGAUCGAUCGGGUUAUCGUAAUACUGCUUGUGCCCUUUGUAAUGGUCUUAAUGUGACCUCACUGAAAUGUUCACCGAUCAUCAAUCGAGCCCUGGGUACACCUUAUGGUGGCAUUUUGGAGGACAUUAAUGGCCGAUCCUCCGUUCCAACGGCUUCAUUGAGUAUCUUACUCGAUAUCAAUGGAAACAAUGGUUCCUCUCUGGUGGGACAGAUCGAAGGUCAAUGCUCACAGCACCAGAUUUACGAUAUUUUUACCCAAUCGUGCAGGUCACUUGUUUGUGGGUUUAAAAAUUACCGUCUAAUUAAUGGACGUUGUGUUAAUCAAACUGAAUUAGAAACCAUGAUUCAUGAUGAAAACAUGGAACAGGAAAUUACUGAGCUACCAUCAACUGACCAUCACAAUCAACUGGACUUUCAUCAAUGUCCAAAGAUAAUCUUGACUCGGAACGAGAUUGAAUUCAUAAGCUCACCAGAAACAAAUAAUUCAGUAACAAUUAACUACGAUGAUGAUUUAAUUUUCGUUCCUCGUUAUAACAAAACGUUCAAUUCAACAAGUUAUCUGAUUGAGGAAAAUAUUAUUUAUAUUUGCUCCAGUUUUCUUAACUAUGAAAUAUCUUUGAACAAAUUUUCAUCUCAAAUGGGCUUAAUUACGCUUAUUGGACUGGGAAUUUCCAUCGGGUCGCUGAUUUUACAUAUAAUUGCGUUUUCCUUGGUUUCCGAUGUUCGAAAUCUAUCUGGACACAAUCUCGUCUGCCUUUCGGCCUCACUUAUAUUUGCCUAUUCGUCAUUCAUUUGUAUGCAAUUAUUGGCCAUUCGUAAGUCGGCACUUCUUUGCCGAUUAACGGGAGCCACUGUCCUUUACUUUUUCCUCGCGUCGAUGGCCUGGAUGAACGUAAUCGCCUGGGAUGUUUGCCGAACCCUGCGAAUGGCAACCGUUGAACUAAGAGUGGCCACUGGUAAACAACGAGGUCGCUUUGCAAUUUAUUCACUUUACGCUUGGACCAUUUCAGGUCUUUUCACGGGCGCCGCUUUAUUGGCCGAUAAUCUUCCCGAUACUCUUAUUCCAACCACAAUGAAACCAGGCCUUGGUCUAUCAGGUCAUUGUUGGUUUCAACGUCGAUCAGCGUUAAUCAUUUUCUUUGCCUCUCCGGUAGCACUUAUCAUGACCAUUAACUUGAUCAUGUUUAUCUUAUCCACCCUGAUGAUUGGUUCAACCACUCGGGGAACCAAAUCAAUUACACAAAUGACCACCGCUCGAACCAACUACAAACUUUACCUUAAACUUUGGCUUCUCAUGGGGUUGACCUGGUUCGUCGGUUUUCCCGCCUCAUUCCUCGAAUCUCUUACUCUUUGGUACAUUUUCAUUAUUCUUAAUACUCUUCAAGGUUUAUUCAUAUUCAUCGCUUUCUCAUGUAAACGUAAAAUUUUCAAAACGGUUAAAAGCAAAUUAUCAUCUCUCACUUCAUCUUCCACCGGUGGGUCUUAUUCAGUGGCUACUCUCAGUCAGAACAAUUCAAAGUUAUCAUCCGAUUCUGAUUUAACCAUGAGAACCUCUGGUCAACUUCAUUAUCAACCAAAUCACUUUCAUCCUAAUCAUUUAUCAUCUUAUGGUCAUUACCAGAAUCACAAUCAACCCGUUUUACCCAAUCAAUUAUAUCUACAAUCAUCUAAUCACCAUUUCUAUAAUUAUCAACGAAAAAUGUCAAAUCGACAUUGAAUUAAUUAAUCAUCUCUUUUUUUUUCUUAAUCAUUUAUUUUGAUUAUCGUAUUGACUUUUUUUCUCACCUUUUCUCAAUCAAAUUUGUUUACUGAUUCAAUCUCAAUUCUUACAAUUUACUGAUUGAUAACACAAACUUUUUCACAAUCAUUUCUCAUGUGCCAUUUAAAAACCUCAACAAUUAAACUUUUUUUUAAACCAAUUGAAUUAAAUUACUUUUCCUU